UUGGAAAUUCUCAAGAAGCUUCAGUUUGCGACAGCCCUCCGAGCACCGCUAGCUCCCAGCCAGACGUCUCGUAACCCCCGACGAUCCCUCUCCUCCUCGGAGGCCGAAUCUUACACGAUGGGCUGGUUCGACGGCUGGUUCAGCUCCAACACCUCCUCCUCCGACCCCCUCAAAUCCCUCGACCCCAAGCUCCGCGAAUUCCUCGAGCGCGAGUCGCCUGUCAAAGUACAGCAAGCCGCCGUCCAAGAAGCCGAACAAGCCUUCGCAGCCGCCAAGGCAGCAGCAGAAUCAGCACAAGCACAAGCACAAAUAUCCGCACAAACACAAUCAUCACAGAAUGCGGACCCUUCAAGGCCAAAAGUGCCCAAGGAGAGCCUCUUCCAGGACGGCAGGUACGCGCACCUGUGGAAGACAUACCGCCCGUACGCCGAGGUCGAGGCCGAGAGCAAGACGGACCACGAGAAGCUGAUGGACGUGCUGGACGGGUACAAGCAGCGCAAGCACAGCAUCGGGCGCGCGGCGCUCGAGAACUGCGCGCUGCAGCAGGAGGAGUGGGUGAACUGCAUGAAGAGCGGCGCGUGGGAGGACAGGAUGCAGAUGUGCAGGCACCAGGUGCAGAGGUUCGAGAGGUGCUAUACGAUGCAGACGAGAUUCCUGAAGGCGUUGGGCUACCAGUCCUCCUUCGGCCGCCCGGAGCAGGUGGAAGAAAACAUCCAGAUGCACGCCGACACGCUCUACCAGCGCAUGCUCGAACAAGAAAAGGCGAUCGAGGCGGCCAAGGCGGAGGGCCUUCCCCUGCCCAAGCUGGACCUCUCGAUACCCGCGGCGUCCGAGACGGCCGCGAUCCAGCCCCGGCCGGACCUGGAGAAGUCGUGGAGGGAGAAGCUGGAGCAGCUGCCGGAGGAGGAGCGGCCGGCCGAGGAGGCGGCGCUGCGGGCGGACCUGCAGGCCAAGGCCGAGGUGGCCAAGAACGUGCAGAAGCUGUGGGACGAGCAGGAGAAGGAGAAGCAGCAGCGCAAGGCGGAGGGCAAGGCCACCGUCAUGGACAAGAUCUCGGGGGCGUUUGGAGGAAAGUAG